UGUAUGGAAAGUUAUGUUACGAACACAAUAGCGUACUGGAUUUUGAGAAUUACAAUGUCACGUGAAAUUAACUUUAAUCAAUGUAUUGAGACCAGUAACUUUUAAGGAACUUCCAUUUUCAUAAUGGGACGGCUAAAUGAGUACGAUAAGCAUGUCACAAAUGGAAGUGUUUCCCCCCACCACUGUGGUAUAACGUUGAGCCUUUAGCAAUCUCUUGCAUCAGUUGUUGCAUCAAUCGUUGGUUGUGAAUUGUGCCGUUGUGCUAUAUAUCUCUGGGCUAUUUGUGCUGCCUGGUGUCGCCUGAAACAGAGGCACUGAAAUUACCGCCUGGAACUUCAGUCAGCAGCAGGAAGGCAUCACGUUUUCUUUUGCAAUGGAAGAGUCGACAUCGUUAAAGCAGGCAAAUGGGAUCUCUGUGCCUCACUGCACCAACACUAAGGAGAGCUUGGAAAGAGUGAAAAACAACAGACCUACUCCAAAAAAUGAAGAACACGAUGUCUGGAACAAUGCUUUUCUUUUGCUUUUGUGCACGUUACUUACUGUGGCAUUGCUGCUAAUUCUGGAGGGAUGCAGACCUCCCUCGGAACCCUGGGUGUUACUCGGCAGCGGGAGUACAAAACUGUGGGACUGGGGAGCUCUACAGGUUGUAGUGACAUAUACUGUCCUCCAGGGGGUGCUUUACUGCCUUCCAUUUGGCAAGGUAGUUGAAGGCAAAGUGGGACAUGAUGGAAGAUGCAUAAAAUACAGUAUGAAUGGCCUGCAUGCCCUAUCUGUGACACUGCUGCUCCUGGCUGCGUUGUGGCAGCGUGGCAUUUUUCGGGCAUCAAUGAUCAGCGGCCAAGUCCCACAGCUGGUGAUGGCUUGUGCGGCCGUAUCCCUGCUGCUCAGCAUCGCUCUGUACAUACGCUCCUUCAGGGCUUGCCCACAACAGCUGGUGAACUAUGGAGAUAAGGGAAACUUCCUGCAGGCGUUUGCUUUAGGAAGAGAGAGGGACCCAUCCAUCGGUGGGAUCGAUAUGAAGCUGUUCGUCAUGGUCAGAAUCGGGUUUAUCGGAUGGGCCCUGGUGGACAUCUGCUACCUGCUGACAGAGAUUGAGGUGCGGGGCUGGCCCUCCCCCCCACUGCUGCUUGUCGUGAUCUUUCAGAUGAUUUACAUUAUCGACUUCCUCGUCGAUGAGGAAACUGUUUUGCCCACGAAAGAAUACACAGAGGAUGGCAUUGGAUUCCUGAUGAUUCUGGGAGAAUAUAUAUGGAUUCCAUUUUAUUCCAGUGUUCCUGGUUAUUUUCUGCUGCAUCGGCCUGCUCACCUCAACCCCAUUGCAGUGACACUCAUCUGUCUGAUCUUUGGAACUGGCUUCAUUGUGUAUUACCUAUCUAACAGCCAGAAGGACGGAUUCCGUAAAAAUCCCAAUGACCCUGCAUUUGCUCACCUGGAGACCAUGUCCAGCCCUUCAGGGAGAAAGCUGUUAGUGUCUGGCUGGUUCGGUUGGGUGCGCCACCCGAACUAUUUGGGAGACAUCCUGAUGACCCUUGCCUGGUGUCUGCCCUGCGGUUUCGCUAGCUUCUUGCCGUACUUGCCAGCCCUGCAAUGCACCAACCUGCUGCGCGGCCGGGCUGCUGAGAUCGAGAAGGCCUGCAGCAGCAAACACGGUGCGGCCUGGCGAGAGUACUGCCGGCGCGUGCCUUACAAGCUGGUGCCGUACGUGUACUGAGCCCCAUCAGGAAAACAAGAAGCCCAUUUAUCGGUUAAGGUUUUAUCGAAGCACCCUGUCGGAUCUGUGGCAUUACAUAUUCAAUAAAGUUUUCAAGUUUUUCAGA